UUCCCUGUUUUGUGCAUGCUGCCACCGGCAGGGUAAACAUGAGUCAGAAACCGGCUCCUUGGGGCUGUAACAUUAGAUGAUACACCUCUUGGGUCAUUACCCAGUAAACCAAUGCCCUUCUUUGGGCUGGGCCCUCUGAAAGGUGUUGCUGCUGCCUGUGUAGCUGAAAGAGCGCUCACAAGGAACGAGACGGUUUGGGCUGUCGGGACCUUUCUCAACCAGGAAGGAAUUUGACAUUCAUUAGAAAUAAACUCUGGAAGAUUCUAGAAGCUCUGGAAGUCAAGUCAGCCUGUGAAGGACCAGCAUGGGAAUCCUGUACUCUGAGCCCAUCUGCCAGGCAGCCUAUCAGAAUGACUUUGGUCAAGUGUGGCGGUGGGUGAAGGAGGACAACGGCUAUGUCAAUGUUCAAGAUGGCUUUAAUGGAGACACUCCCCUGAUCUGUGCUUGCAGACGUGGGCACACAAGAAUUGUGUCCUUCCUCUUAAAAAGAAAUGCCGAUGUGAACCUCAGAAAUCAGAAAGAGAGAACCUGCUUGCAUUAUGCGGUGAAGAAAAGGUUUACCUUUUUUGAUUAUCUGCUCAUCAUCCUCCUGAUGCCUGUUCUGCUGAUUGGGUACUUCCUCAUGGUGUCAAAGACUAAGCAGAACGAGGCCCUGGUACGGAUGCUACUUGAUGCUGGUGUUGACGUUAACGCUACUGAUUGUUACGGCUGCACUGCAUUGCAUUAUGCCUGCGAAAUGAAAAACCAGACUCUUAUCCCUCUGCUCCUGGGAGCCCAUGCAGACCCCACAAUAAAGAAUAAGCACGGUGAGAGCUCAUUGGACAUUGCACGGAGAUUAAAAUUUUCCCAGAUUGAAUUCAUGCUAAGGAAAGCAUCAUGAUGAUCCGUGUGAACUCAAGAACGGGUCAUAGGCAGAGCUGAAGAACUGGAUUCUAUCUCCACCUUGGACUGUUGGUCUCUGAGCUUCCCCACCUGGACACCGCAGUUUUUUAGGAAUGAUGAUGGUUGCCAUGGUUGUCUUCGAAGAGCCUUUUACUUAUUGUGUGGUUUGCUCACUGGAGGUCACCACGGCCAUAGUAUUUCUAGAGGAGACAUCAAACUUGUCGGAAUCUCCAUGCAGUCGAAAAGCAGAUGUUUCAAAGUCGGUCACUUCUAAAGAAGAGGUUCAGAGUUACCUGAGAGACCCUGCCUUCUUCUGGCUUUAUCACAUUAUCAAGGACUGUCUCUGCCACACCUUAGCAGGCAAGCUGUCCUUCAAGAGGAAGAGUCAAAGUGUGUACAUUUGUGUAGAAGCAUGUAUGUUUGUGACUUCAGUGACUCACAUGUAAAUAUUCUUUGCUGGAACAACUUCAAUAAAAAUGUCUCUCAGAUGUUA